UUACCGGGUUACUGGCUUCCACUUGCUCAGGUAGGUAGGUAACCUCAAGCACGUGCUUUGCCGUGUUUGGGGUAUCACUCGUCGCUCGCCUCGCUUACGUGCGCAUUGAUAAUGUAUAUAGCGAGCCAGAGAGGGAGGGAGAGUGGGAGGAAUGCAGCCGAAGCGAGCCAGAGGAAACGCACGCGCGCAACUCGGUUACCUGGUGCUGGGGUAUCAUCGAACGCCCCGCCGUCUCUCUCUCUCUCCCUCUCUCUCUCUCGUCUACGCACAGGUCGGACCCGAGCAGCGUCUGGUCCCGGCUAUCCCCCUUGGCGGCCCUGCCCCCGCCUCCGCUCCCCGACGUACGCACAUGUCGGUCCGGCCGCGUCUGCGCGGCGAUGCGGCCUUCCCCGGCCCGGACCUGCGCUGCUUACUUACUGCUGCUUUGAUUCUGGCGCUUCUGCCCGAGUCUGGGCCGGCUCGAAAUGAAUACACCAGCCCGCUAUCUCCCGUCUCCCGCCGGCCUGUUUGCUGUUCCCGGAUUCGUGGUAGUCAAAUGCGCAGCUACUCUAGACGCACUCGGCCUAUAAAACCCUGUUUAAUAAUUCGAUUCUGCACUUGAUUUCUACUGCUUUACCUAAUGAUUACCUACGUUGGUCGGUUCCAAGUAACUAGGCCGACCAGGUACUCACACCAAGUCACAUAGAU